UAGGGUAGUCAGGAACGAUCAGCGGCGAGGGGGUGCUAUCAGAGGGGAGGCUUACGGGAGAAUCGAGCGGGUGAUACGCCUCGGCGUGGUGGCCGUCGCAAUGACGUCGGUGACGUCGGUGGUCGGUGGCGCUGCCGAGGCUUUUAACUUCAUCCCCUAACGCGUGCGUGUGGGCGUGUGCGUACGUGUGUAUGUACAUGUACGCGUACAUGUGCACGGGUCUAUGACGACACGGUGAUGUACGUGGAUCGUACGCCACCGGGUAGGGACGUGACUCGCGAUAACGUUUCUAGGAAGGUGGCGCCAACGGACGGCCGGCGACGCCGGCGGUGGUGGUGGUGGUGGUGGUGAGCGGUGAUGGUGGUGGUAAGGUAAAGGGUGGCAUCUCUCCUCGUAGCCGGCAUUAGGGUAUAGUUCCGUUAAUGCGCGUGGACUUGUCGCGCGUCGCGUGCCCAAGCUUCUUCUCCUCGUUUCUUUUCUUUUUCGGCGGUGACCGGUGACGCACACAGACAGCGCGUAAACGCACGCGCGUGCGUUUGCCGUCGUCCGGGGGUGUAAUCGCAAACUCGCGCAAUCGCGACUACCGUAUACGUUCCUGUGUGUGCAUGUAUGUGCGUGCGUUUAUGUGUGCGGGGUGCUUGGCGUGCGUUUGACUGCGCGAGCGAUAGGGGAAAGGAAGGACCGAAAGAGAAAGAGGAAGAGAGAAAGAGGGGAAGCAAGAGAGAGGGAGGCGAGAAAAGAGCGACGGCAGGAGGCAACACACAGAGGGUGGAUAAGCGCGAGGGUGGCGGCGAACGCCGGUGAAGGCGUCAGUGCACGGGAAGUGGCUGUGCUCCAGUAGUGGACGGUGGAUAGUGUAGUGAGAUUGGUUGGUUGGAUCCGGUCGGUCGGUCGGUGGGUUGGGUCGGUCGGACGGUCGUGGGGUCGGGUUGGUUGGUCGGUGGUUAAUAAAUUCAUCCGCUUCGCAUCACUAUCGUUUCUCUGCCGGAAGUCUCCCGGACGGAGGGGUAUCGUGCAUCGUCCACGAGGCUGGAACAGUGAUAUCACGACGGGAGAAGGAGAGAAAGAGAAAGGAGAGAAAAAGAGACGAGAGAGAGAGAGAGAGAGAGAGAGAGAAAGAAGGUAAGAGAGAAAGAGAGAAGCAAGGGAAUAAGAUCGAUAAGGAGAGACCUUAGGCGCUGGUUUCGCGAAACGGGAACGGCAGUGUGCGACGUGUAGAUAGAGAAAAAGAGAGAGAGAGAGAGAGAGAGGAAGAGAGACGGAGGAGAAAGGAACAAGAGAAGAUAUAUCACCUCCUCCGUUUGAGAGAGUACGAGUGUGUAGUGCGCCGACGACGGGCGCACGCGACGAACGUACGAGAGUAACGACACACGCGCGUUUACACCGCACACGAGGGUGGAACGCGAGGAGGAGAGCGUAAUCAGUUCGUCGACUUGGCUCGCUCGCGGAAGGGCGGUUCUUGGAUCCGGCGCGCCGCAGCCGGUGGCCGAGGGAGAGAGCGGGAGAGAUCGGAAAAAGGGAACGAGAGAGAGAGAGAAAGAAUCCACACGAGAGGGGGUUCGUCCGCGUCGGCUCGUAAAAACAGGAAGACGGAAGAAGAGGAAGCCGACCGCCUUUCUCUUUCUCUCUCUCCCCCUCGAUCUCGAUUCAGUCUCGAUGGGCUACACCGCCGAAAGAAGGUCAAAGAUCGAUUCUCGGGCCGACGAGGGUCGUGACCUCGUCGUACGCCGCCGCCGAGUAUGAAGUGACUCACGCGCGUAGUAGUACUAUCCGCUAGUAGUAGUACGCGUCGGCCAGUAGCACGGAAGUUAUACUCGGCGAGGAGGGCGACGGCGGCGGUGGCCAGAGAGAAGAUCGAUCGGGCUGAGAGAAUCAUCGUCGCGGCGCGAGGAUGAGAUCGAUCGACCGGCAGAGGAGGCACCGAACCGGCUGAGAGAGAGAAGAGAACGCGGGGAGAGGGAACCUCUCGGUGCGAUCGGUGAACAGUAACGUUCUCUUCUCGUCAAUGCUCGUGGUUCGCGAACACGCCAUCGUACGUAGAGUAGAAACGUCCUCGCGCACCACCGGAUGCACAAACUCGAAGGGAACGGAUCGACCAGGGAACGUCAUCUGGCAGAUUCUGACACGCGACCUGGCACACCUCCAUCACCCGCACCGGUUGCCCCGAGCGAACCCUCGGACAACGAGCACGACGGCGGUCACAGGACCCUCCUGUCCGGCAAUCGGACAGGAAAACGCUCGUUGAUCGAGUCACUCCUGCGGACGAACGAGCUGUGAUAUGAGCGUGAAAACACCCGGGGGACACGAGGGCGACGAGGGACAGGGCAACGACCUCGAGGGACUUUAGAGGUCCGUGGAGGGCAGCGGAAUCCUCCUCGCGAGGAGGUCGGGAAACGAGCACUGCCACACGAAACACAAACGGACCGCACAAAGCGAUCGCGCGUGGAGAAACGGGGAGACCGCGGAUCCCGGAAGUCGCGGACGAAGAGGAGCAAGAAGCAUCAUCCACCGAGGCGGAAGUGACCGGAGCACUGACAGGACUACUGAUUGACCUGGGACGAGACACUGAUCGGGACGACCGCACGCCCAAGCAAGGAACGGCUUCACGGAGAGUGUUCCCGUAGAAUGUCACGGGACCCUUACUCAAGCGGAAGUGGCGUGGUAGGUCCCGCUGGUGGCACACGCUCGCCACGCAGCGGUCGUCGCGUAGGCGAACUGCCGACCGUUGACCGUAGUCCAUCACGUAGUUAUGCGAGUGGUCGUGGCAGCCCGCUCGGUGGUCGCAAGCAACGAGGUACUCGCAGCAGCAACAAUUCGCCGGAACAUCUCGGAUACGGCGGCGGCAACUACCAUCACCAUCAGCUGGGCAGCCCGUACUACUCCCGCGAGGAGGACCUAGGCAGUCCCGUGAUGCUCGAAGAGAGGGGUAGGAGUAUGUCGACCGGAGGCGGUGGGGGCGGCGGACACCACCGAUCCAGAAGCGCCUCGAGACCCGCCAUGUCCAGCUCGGCGGGCAUGGUAGCGCGUUACACGAGCCUGGACCGUGCCUCCGCUGGUGUUCUGGACCAUGAUCGGGAAUUCAUGCCGAUACGCGAGCCGCGCGAGCGUAGCCGCGACCGCGGGCUCUACCUGGAGGACGAGCUGUACGGGUCCAGGUCGGCGCGUCAGAGCCCGAAUCCGCACAUGCUGCGCGACGGCGGAGGCUACAUCGGCGAGCUCCAGCACCAGAACAACGAUCUGCAGCGCGAGCUCGGCAACCUGAAGAAGGAGCUCGAGCUGACGAACCAGAAACUGGGCAGCUCGAUGCACAGCAUCAAGACGUUCUGGAGUCCGGAGCUGAAGAAGGAGCGGGCGCUGCGCAAGGAGGAGAGCACCAAGUACAGCCUCAUCAACGAGCAUCUCAAGCUACUCAACUCGGAGAAUCAGAAACAAAACAUGAUGGUCCGUCAACUGGAAGAGGAGCUCAGAAUGAGGAUGCGCGACCCGAGCGUCGAGAUGCAGCAACAAAUGGAAGUUUUGUACAAUGAGAACGAGCAUUUGACUCGCGAGAUCGCCAUACUCCGUGAUACAAUAAAGGAAUUAGAAUUAAGAAUAGAAACGCAGAAACAGACGCUGCAGGCUCGCGAUGAGAGUAUCAAGAAGCUCCUCGAGAUGCUCCAGAACAAGGGGAUGGGAAAAGAGGAGGAAAGGAUCAUGUUCCAGCAGAUGCAGUCGAUGGCCCAGAAGCAGCUUUCUGAGGAGCUGGACGAGCUCCGGACGGAGAUACAGAGGCGGGACCAGGAGCUGCUGGCGAUGUCGGCGAAGAUGAAGACGCUCGAGGAGCAGCAUCAGGAUUACCAGAGACAUAUCGCCGUGCUCAAAGAAUCCCUCUGCGCCAAGGAGGAACAUUAUAAUAUGCUGCAAGCCGAUGUCGAGGAGAUGCGACAGCGACUGGAAGAGAAGAACAGGAUGAUCGAGAAGAAGACGCAGGCGGCGAUACAGGCGCAACAGGAGCGCAACCGCAUGAACACCGAGCUGACCGAGCUCAAGGAUCACAUGGACAUCAAGGAUCGCAAGAUCAAUGUUCUGCAGCGCAAGAUCGAGAAUCUGGAGGACCUUCUGAAAGAGAAGGACAAUCAGGUCGAUAUGGCCAGGGCCAGGUUGACUGCGAUGCAGGCGCAUCAUUGCAGCAGCGAGGGUGCACUUAGUAGCCUCGAAGAGGCGAUCGGAGAUAAAGAGAAGCAAAUGGCGCAAUUACGAGAGCAAAGGGACCGAGCCGAGCAGGACAAACAGGAGGAAAGGGAAUUGCACGAGAGGGAGAUCGCCGAAUACAAAAUGAAGAUACACACUUUGGAGUCCGAGGUGGAAAAAUUGGGUGCGCGUCUGGAGCGAGCACAGGCGGAGAAGGACCGAUUGGAGGCGAAGCUCGAGAGCUCACAGUCCGAGCUUGGCAAGAGCAAGGCCGAGCUGGACAAGGCCGCGUCCGAGGUCGGGCGCAGCGGCGCAGACUGGGAGGCUGCGAAGCAACGGUUAGCCAGGCUAGAGCUGGAGAACGAGAGGUUGCGGCACGACAUGGAACGGUCGCAAGGAUACGGUAGAAGCACGCUGAACUCGUCCCAGGAAAUGGAACGCGUUCAGGAACGGGCCGACAAAUCGGCCGCCGAGCUGAGACGGGCCCAGGCCGAGCUGAGGGUGACACAGGCGGACAACGAGAGGGCACGUGCCGAGGCCGCGUCUCUCCAAGAGAAGGUGGAAAAGAGUCAGGGUGAGGUAUACAGACUAAAGGCCAGAUUGGAGAAUGCUCAAGGUGAGCAGGAGAGCCUGCGUGAGGAAUACGACCGAGCGCAGGCAUCCGUGGCUCGUCUUCACUCCGAGAGGGACAAGGCGAUCAGCGAGCUUGAAAAAUCACAGGAGGAACUCGAACGCACACAGGCCACUCUCGGCAAAGCGCAACUUCAGCAAGACAAGUUGCAGAAUAUGUUGGACAAGACGCAGAGCGAAGUCGACAAGCUGCAGGAGAAACUCGAUAAGACGCAGACGGAAGUUCGUAGAAUGCAAGUUGAGAGAGAGAAACAGAACUACGACUUCGACAACCUCCAGAGUCAACUCGACAAGGCGCUAGGACAGUCGACGAGGAUGCAGAAGGAACGCGAGUCAAUUCAGCUCGACGUUGAUCGGUUGCAGGACAAAUACGAAAAGGCUCAAGUCGUAAUGCAACGGCUGCAAAAGGAGCGAGACAGCUUCCAGGAGGAAAUGGAGAAGAUGCACGAGAGGAUAGAACUGCAGCAGAAUCAGAUAGCCAAGAUGCAGCGCGAGAAGGAGAACGUGCUGUCAGAACUCGAUCUGGUGAAGGAGAGAUGGGAGAAGGCGCAUAACACUCAUCAGAAAUUAACGCUCGAACGAGACGACGCCAUAACUGAAAUCCAGAUACUGAAGGAGAAACUGGAUAAAGCUCAGUAUUCAAUGAACAAGGCUUACGAGGAACGAGAGAACACCACUAAGGAAUUCGAGAAGAUGCUGGAGAAAUACGAUAGGGCGCAGAGCGAGGUGUUCCGCCUGCAGAAUCGCAUCGAUGUGAUGGAGGCGGACAAGGACCGGCUCGAGUUGGAGGCGGAGAAGCAGCAGAUGCUGGCGUCCAAGUCACGUGAGGAGUCGCGCAAGGCUCAGGAGGAGCUGUCCCGCGUGCAGGAGAUGUACGAUCGCGCGGCGCUGCAACUUGGUCGCACGAAGGAACACGAGGAGAAGUCAAAGGAGAACAUUGAUCGGCUGAGUGUCGACCUGGAGAUGGUGCGCGAGCGUUACGAGAAGUCGCAGAUCGAGCUGCGGCGCUUGCAGAACGAGCGCGAGAAGGUGGUGGCCGACAACGAGCGCAUCAGCUUCGAGCUGGAGCGAGCGCACUCGCAGCUCAAUAAGGCGCAGGCGGCGACGGAGAAGACGCAGGAGGAGCUCACGCGUAUGCAGCUCGAGAUCGAGAAAAUGUACGAGAAACACGAUCGUCAGCAGGCGGAGGUGAGGAAGGCCCAGGCGGAAGCGGAACGGCUGCGCGUCGAGGCGGAGAGCGCUCGCGAGGAGAGCGAAAGGUAUGCGACCCGCUUCGGCAAGUACCAGGAGAGCCAGGAGCGGCAGAAGGAGGAGCACGAGUGGGCGAAGCUGGAGGUGGAGCGGCUACGUGACCGUCUGGAGAAGGCGCUGGCGGAACUCGAGCGCGCGCGGAAGGCCGAGCAGGACGCCUCGAGGCUGCGCGCCGAUCUGGAGCGUGCGGAGGGCGUGCGAGGUAAAUACCAGUACGAGCAGGAGAAAUGGCAGAGCGAGGGUAGUAGGCUACAGCAGGAGGUAGAGAAGCUGCGCGAGCGGCUUGAGGGCCGCGAGGCCGAGCUGAAGAGGACGCAAUCGGGCCACGUCGAGCUCGAGGCGAAGCUGCACGAGGCGCAGCUUCAGCUCGAGCGGGCGCGCGACGAGACCGGAAAGGCGACGGCGCAGCAGGAGCGCAACCGUUCGGAGAUCGAGCGCGCGAGAAUCGAGGCCGAGAAGAUCCGCGAUCGGCACGACAAGGUGAAGACGAGGGCGGAGGCCCUCGAGGCGGACAACGAGAAGCUGCGCGUCGAGAUUGCGCGACUGGAGCGGCUGAUGCAGACUGAGGGUAAGACACGAUCGGAGAGCGCGAGCAUCGAGGUCGAGCGUCUGCGUGCCAGCUUGGACAAGGCGAUCGUAGCGCGCGAUCAGGUCGAGCUGGAGGCGGGUAGGCUCGCGAAGGAGCUCGAGAAGGCGCACCUGCAGACCGCCAAGUAUCAGGAGGCUACCGAGAUCGCGAAGAAGGAAGUCGAGCGUCUUGCCGCGGAGUUGCAGCUGCUGCGAGAUGAGCGGGAGGCGCUGCGCCAGGAGCUGCGUCGCGUGCAGCAGCAGCAGCAACAGCAGCAACAGCAGCAGCAACAGCAGAUCGCCGGAAGCGAGGAACUCGCUCGGCUGCAGUACGAGCUGCAGGUGUCACAGCGCGAGCGCGAUAAGAUGUCGGCGAUCCUGGAGAACCGAGAGAAACAUACAGAGAAGAUAAAGGAAAAACUUGAGGCGGACGCGAAACAACUGCAGGUGGAGCGCGAUCAGUUGGUAAUACAGCUGGAAAAAUCGCAGGAGAUGCUGGUGAACUUCCAGCAGGAGCUAAGCGCGAACGAGGCCGAGCUGGAGCGUCAGCGCGAGGAGGCACGCCGACUGCAGCAACGGGCCCACGCGCAGACGCCCGAUCGCGCCGCCAAGGAGGCCCUCGACGCGCAGAUGCGCGAGGUUCAGCGAUUGCAGCAACAGGUGCAGAAUCUGCAGCAGGCGCAGCAGAAGGAGCGGCAGCGCGCCGAGCAAUCGGAGAAGCGGGUGCAGGAGCUGCAGAAACAGCUGGCAUCGCGGGGCGCCGAGGCCGCGCAAACCGACGCGGCCCAGCUUGAACAGUGGCGGAAGCUGUGCGAGACGGAGCGGCAGCGAGCGGACACGGCCGAACGCGAGGCCGGCGACCUGCAAAAGCGGAUACAGGCGACGGAGCGGCAGCUGCACGCGCAGCAACAGCAGAUCCAGCAGAUGCAGGUCACCAUGCAGCAGCAACAGCAGCAGCUGCAGCUGCAACAGCAACAGCAGCCCUCGCAGCAGAACGGCCAGGAGAUCAGCAGGCUGAGAAAGGAGCUGGAGCACUCGCGCGAGGAGAUUAAGCAGGCGACCGUGGAGCGCGAGCGGUUCCAGGCGCAGCUCGAGAUGCUGUGCCAGGAACUGGAGAAGACUCAGGUGGACUUGCACGAGGCGAACAAGAAACUCCAAGUUGGAGUCGCGAAGGCUGGCGCCGAUACUAUGCAAGAGAGGAAACAGUUGGACGAUCAAAAACGACAAUUGGACGAUCAGAGAAGACAGACGGAGGACCGGGCGAAGUCCAUAGACCAGAAAGCUAGAACAUUAGACGAGAAGGAGAGGACGCUCCAAAGUCUCGACCAGGAUCUGAAGAAGAGGAAGGCGAGGAUGGACCAACUCGAACAGCAACUACAGAAGAGUGGCGGAGCGCCGGACAAGAGAUUAGCGGAAAUGCAAAAGGCGCUCGAGACUGCCGAGAAGGAACUGGAAAAGGCAAAGGAAGAGUCAAGCAGGAGCGUCGCCGAAACCGAGAGGCUAUUGCACCUCAUGCAGAUGACCCAGGAGGAACAAAACUCCAAAGAGAAACAGAUCAGAGAUCUUCACGAAGCACUCAAAGUCGCACAAGCCAAGUUGAAACAAGCUACAACUGCACAGCAAGAGGCGGGACCCGCCGGAUUCCUAAAAAGCUUGUUCUAAGGUCGAUUUUCGUUGGAAACGCCUUCUCCGUUCUUUUUAGUACAAUUUGCAUAUUAUAAGCGGAACUUGACGAGCAUAUAUAUAAAUAUAUAUAUACAUAUAUAUAUAAACGUACACAUGAGGGACUUAAACGAAAGAUUGAUGUCGGUCCGCCGAUGGACAAAACCCACGUCGAGACAUAUAAUUAUUUUACGUAAAAUGCUGCGACCAUUGUUAACAUAUAUAAUAAUUAUAGCGAGAGAA